UUGCUUUGGGCCAGGGCCCAUAGAACUACAUUAACAUAUUUAAAAGGCGAGAGUAACGAAACCUUGCGUAAGAAGAUAAGUGGAAACCUAAAUUGCCGACCAUGAGGCCGAACCUGAGAUCUUUGGUCGCGAAGGCUUACCGCGUUCGUCAAGGGCGUACUUUCUCAUCCUCCUCCUCCUCCGCUCCCAAUCCUAUCGAUGACAAAGGGGGAAUUUCUAUUUACGAGUGGCUCUUACCUCGAGGUUUUGCAACGUUAACGGGGUUCGUUGUAGCUUCUUACUUUACGGGAGAUAGUGCUUCCAAAUUUGAUGAAAUGGUGAAAGAGUAUAACAAGGAUGCUGCGGAAUUCUUGGAGAAGAGGGGAAAGCUGCCGCCUAGUUGGGUGGACUCUGUGUCCAAAUCCUAAUAAUUUCAAAUAUGUUUUAGUUACAAUAAUGUGACCACUAAAAUGUAGUGAAACACUAACGCUCCACGUAUUCCCCCUAUUCGUUAUUUCCUUUUCAACACCAUAGUAUGUAACAUGCCGAGUCCUUUCACCAAAGGGAAAAUCCAUCACACCCCUGAAGAUGAAAGAAUGUUUCCAAUUGCAUCUC